AUGCAUUCGACUACGACCCUUUUGUGCGUCUUGUUGGGCUUGCUGAGCCAUGUCUGCAGUUUACCUGUUAAGAAUUCUACUGGACUUCACGAGGGAAAAGUGAGACUCAAAAGGAAAUACUCAGAUGAGUUGAAGGACCGUGAUGAAAUGAAUGCAAUGGAUCAAAUCCUGGAAGUCAACAGGAAGUUCCGAGCCCCACGAGGACUGACUUUGAGGGAGGGAGACAUUGCCAGUUCGCACAUACGUAGUGCCAUAUCCUGCCCUGGCAAUGCCUGUCUGUGGCCCAAAGCGAUUGAUGGAUUUGUUUAUGUACCUUUCAUUCUCUCCCCACUAUAUGAUGACAUGGACAGAAUCACCAUAGAAUCGGGGAUGCAGGACAUUUCCUCUACAACAUGUAUUAAAUUUGUUCCACGCACUCAUGAGGCCAGCUUCCUUGAUAUUCAGCCUAGAUAUGGCUGCUGGUCGUUUCUGGGACAGACUGGAGGAAGCCAGACCCUUUCCCUGCAGAGCCCCGGGUGCAUGUGGUCAGGAGUGGCUGCCCAUGAGUUUAUGCAUGCACUCGGCUUUGUACACGAGCAGUCUCGUUCUGACAGAGAUCGCUACGUGUCAAUUAUAUGGAAAAACAUCAUCCCAGACCAAAUGCAUAACUUCAGAAAACAGCUGACAAACAACCUCAAUAGUCCAUAUGACUACAACUCUGUCAUGCAUUAUGGAAGAUACGCCUUCUCUGAAGACGGCGGACCAACGAUCAUUCCCAAACCAGAUCCUUACAUUCCCAUUGGCCAGAGAGAGGGACCCAGCAUGCUAGAUCUUCAUAAGAUCAAUAUUCUAUACAGCUGUGGUGCCAAUGAGUAACUGGAUCCUGUAUUUUUUAUCUGUCACAUUUGGGAAAUGGUGCAUCAUAACUUGUGGUCUUGAGUAGGUUAUACAUGCAGCUUCACUCUACAGCAAUUUCAUUUUUCCUGACUUAUAUUUUGAUUCAGCAGAAAUUCUAGUGUGUAACAUUGCAUGGCAUUUAUUCUGUUCUGAUUACAUUCUACUAAUUGAUGAUUAAGUUGAUCUAAGAGAAAUACAGGGACAUGAAUAACAGAGCAGCAUUUUUCCAGUUCCGCUCUGUGAUACAUGUUAUGUCCCAGCUGCUGCCACUUAUCACUGCAUCCAGUCUAUGAAUCAGUUUGUUCAAUCU